GGAAGAGAGUUAGUCGUCGUGCUUAUUCCGUUACUACAGCCCUCACGCCUUCUUCACGGUUUAUUUGGCAGGCUGACUGUCAACAGGAUGAAAAUAUCACCCGUUUGAUUACCCGCCGUGGAGAUUCCGCUGACACACUUACUAUCGGCACCACACGCAGCUGCAUUUCUACACGCAGCUGCUCUUCCUACUGCUAGAUCGAUGUUGCUUUUCCCAUCCGUCUGCUCAUUUAGCUCUCUCGGACAUUGUUUUUCCACCUUUCUACCGCUGCGCCUGUGCGACAAAUCUAUGCCGCCGGCGGAGGCACAUGGACCUCUAGCCGCCCCAGUGAGGCUCUCGUUUGCAGAGGCGGUAAGGGACUCCUACCAUGGCCAUCGAUUGCACUCCCAAAAGUGCUCUUUCUUGGAUUUUGACUCCGUGGGGUUCCCGGUCAUAUCCUACACCUUCAAUGGAGAUUCAACGACCUCUUUCUCCGGCGAUGAUAUCCAGGUUUACUCCUCCACUUAUAUGCUUGUUAAUAUGCCUGCUAAUGUUGCCCGGACUAUUUCUGGUCUUGAUGAGGUUACCCCCAAUUCUGAUGAUAAGAGUCUGAAUUCUAAUGUUGUUUUAGCCAUUGAUGAACCAAUGCUUAUCCCCUGUGCUGAUACUUCUGGUACUUCUGCCCCGACUGAUUCUUUCAAAAAAGAUGAAACUGGCCCUUCCAGUUAUGAUUUCUCUGCCCAGAUUGUUAUUAUACCUGCUAUUGUUGCCCUAUUUAUUUCUGUUCUUGCUGAGGUAGAGUGUACUUCUGGUAGCAUUGCCAGAAAUGUUUGCACUGCCCCUGGAGCAGAAAUCAUCACCUCUUUUGACUUUGAAAGCCCCAUUCUUAAUGUUCCAACUGAUUAUGUUUCUAUAGAAACAGUGCCUGCAGAUUGUGUUUCUGAUAAAACUGUUAGAAAUGGACUUAUUGAUUGUGUUUCCACCGAAGUUGAUACCUUGAAAAAUGAUGCAGUUGUAGCCUAUGAUGAAGCCUCAGUGAAUGCCUUUGCAAAUGCAUUAUCUGUAGGUGUUGGUCCUGAAGUUGAUACAAUUGAGUUGAUAUUUGGAAAUGAAGAACCUCGUUCUGAUCCAUCUAUUGAAACUGACAGGCUUAUACUACACUUGAUCAUCCCCUGUCCUAUGAUGAUAAUACUCAAUCUGAGGACCCCCGGUUAUCACUGAAAACCAAUUUCCUGUUGUUAUUUUUCCCCGGAUUAUCUGAUUAAUCUACUACUAUUUCUUUUUACUGCUACUUUAGCCAUAUGAGUUUCAAAAUACCGAGUCUAUUGUAUAUACGGUGUACGCUGUUCUCAGCCUGUGCUCACGUGUAUGAUAUAUUGAUAUCCCCAAAGUGUUCUUUAUAUACGGAGUAUAUCUAAAAUAAUCGUAUUGAUUUUUGACCCAAAUCCCCACAUUCAUAUCUCCAGGAGUAAUUUUAAGGAUGACAGAUUGUCUAGAAUUGGAUGUCGAAUCAUUACAGAAGGAAGUGGAUGCCCAUGUAUUGUUUCCGCCAGAAUCAGAUUUUUCCAAGGUGUGUUCUUGUGACGAAUGUUCUGCGAAACUGAAGGUCUUUAAGGAAUUUGAGACAGAUAUAUGGGAUAAGCAGAAUCGUGUCUGGGAACUUAUAGACCAACAGCGUCCAGAUCUUCUGAACUGUAUAGCCCUUGGUGCUGCCUCUUAUUGGACUAGAAGCCUGUUGGAUCGUCUUCAUCGUGAGCUUGAACUACUAUACGAGAAGUCAGGAGCCUCAUGGACGCUCAAAAGAAGUAAAUCUGAACAGGAGCUGAUAGAUGUAUCUUUUCAAAUCAGUAAUAUGCUAAUAGAUAAUAAGCUGUUGAAAAGAAUUGACCCUGUGGAGAUAAGUGAGGAUGAGUAUUCCUAUGAUCAACCUCUUGCUUGGGAAAUAAAGAGUGGGUAUGUCUGGUAUGGGGAUACCAGAUUUAAGGAUGCUGCUUUCAAAAUUAUUAAGAAGAUUGAAGAGAUCGAAAACCACCAUGAGCAUGACAAGAAAUCUGCUCAAGAAGAAGGAAGAUCUCUGGAUCCUUCAAUAUCUAAGAAGCACAUAGAUGACCAAAUAAUGAGCAGACCAUUGUAUUGCUAUAAUCUUCCCGAAAGAUGGCAUGGUGGUGGGAUGAGUUCUUCUUCCCAAUUUCAGAUGUAUUAUGAGCAAGUGGGUAUACCACAAGCAUUUCUUCCCGAUCCCCCAACACAGUGAUAUUGUUUUAAUGACGUGCCAUGGGGAUGCAAAUGGAAGGUGAAUUUUGGUAAGCUCCAGUUUCCAAAGCUCACAUGAAAACAACAUUGGUAUAACCACAGUUUGGUUAACAGUGAAACCUUUGGGUGCCCCUGCUUGUGAUGUUCCUACUGAGUUUGAUGCCCCUUGUGUGAAAGAGUUUGAUGCCCCUUGUGUGAAACCAAAUGAUGCCCAGGUUAAUGUAUCUGUUGAUAAACUUGUUACUAUCCCAUUUACUAUCCAAGUAAUUAAUGCUUCUGUAAGUGCCAGACCUGAAGUUGAUAUGCUUGUGAAUCUGUGAAGAAGCAAUGAUAUUUUUGCAUCAGACGGUGAAGGCAAUGAAUCGAGAAUACAGUCAGUGGAAGGUGCAUUCCUUAUAGUUUAGAAAUCCGGGAAAAAUGGCCAUUACAUCCGUGAGGAAGUUGUUCAGACUCUAGGCUCACCUGUUUGCGACUCCAGUAAGAAGAAGACAGAUAAGAGUUAUUCGGGUACAGCCAGCAGUUUUUUCAACUAUUUUCCUUGACAAGGGUGGACAACAAGAAGACUACUUGGUUAAUUGAUACUUUUGUAAUACAUUUGCGCAGUUUUUUUAUAAAGUACAGUUUUCUCUCUUUACCGAACAUUCGGCCUGACCGUCGCGCAACGCGCGUCCCACGCUAGUCAAUAUAUACACAUAUGACUGAUCAUACGUACAUGUGUGUUUAAUUUCUAGGAGAGAGAAUCUUUUAAUGCAUUUUAUACAAAAAUCACAAUAAUCUAAGAUCAUGAUUGAGAGCAA